AUGUCGUCAUUCAACUUUUCAGCCUACUUAAAAAUCAAGGGAGAUAACCUGUUGCCAGAAUCCAACCAAGGCAACUGUCGAACAAGCAAUACCAACGAAUGGUGUUUUGAAGCUGGUGACGACCGUGUGAACGUGUUCCCUGGUCUGGCCGUGCUACACACCGUGUUUGUCCGAGAACACAACCGUCUUGUCAAAGAACUUGCUGAUGUCAUGCCAUCGACCACUCCUGAUGAUGUCUUGUUUGAGGAGGCCAGAAAGAUCGUGUCAGCCAUCAUCCAACAAGUCACCUACCGCGAAUGGUUGCCCAUUAUUGUUGGGCCCUUGGCCAUGAGGAAGUACAGACUGACCCCUGGCUUCAGCUUCAGGUACAACAUCACCCAAAACCCCACCAUCUACAACGUCUUUGCCACCGCCGCCUUCAGAUACGGCCACUCCACCAUUCCACGUUUCCUGACCCUCGGAGAUCGACAUUGGGAUGACGGAGCAUUUGUUUGA